AUGAAGAAAGAGCUGGAGAGAUUGAAGACUCUCAUGAAGCCAGAUUACCCAGCAUACUCUGAGAGAGAGGAAGAGGAGGAUGAGGAUGAAGGUCAGAGAAGACUCAGUGAGGGGUUUCUGAAGAUCACACUGCACGUCCUGAGGAUGAUGAACCAGACAGAUCUUGCUGACACACUACAAACCAGUAAGAAACAUAUCUUAUUGAAUCAACAAAAACUCAAGUCCAGACUUAAGCAGAAAUGUCAGAGAAUCAAUGAAGGUUUCUCAAAUCAACGGAUCUCAACUCUACUGAAUGAGAUCUACACAGAGCUGUACAUCACAGAGGGAUGGAGUGGAGAUGUCAAUAAUGAACAUGAGGUGAGACAGAUGGAGACAACAUACAGUAGAUCAGAGACACCAAUCAAAUGCAACGACGUCUUUAAACCCUUACCUGGACAAAACAAACCCAUCAGGACUGUGCUGACAAGAGGUGUCGCUGGCAUUGGAAAAACUGUUUCUGUCCAGAAGUUCAUACUGGACUGGGCUGACAAAAAAGCAAAUCAGGACGUUCACUUCAUAUUUCCACUUCCUUUCAGAGAGCUCAAUUUGAUAAAGGAGAAAAGGAUCAGUCUGAUGGAGAUACUUCAUAAAUUCUUCACUGAAAUGAACGAACUGAAAUCAAUCGAUUACAAGGACUUAAAGAUAAUUUUCAUCUUUGAUGGUUUGGAUGAGUGUCGACUUCCUCUAGAUUUCCAGAACAAUGAGAUUUUGUGGGAUGUGACCGAAUCCGCCUCAGUGGAUGUGGUGCUGACAAACCUCAUCAAGGGCAAUCUGCUUCCUUCUGCUCUCGUCUGGAUCACCUCUCGACCAGCAGCAGCCAAUCAGAUCCCUCCUGAGUGGGUUGACAAGGUUACAGAGGUACGAGGGUUCAAUGACCCCAAGAAGGACGAGUAUUUCAGCAAGAGAAUAAAUGAUCCGAGACUGGCCAACAGGACAAUCACACACAUCAAAUCAUCAAGAAGUCUGUACAUUAUGUGCCACGUCCCAGUGUUCUGCUGGAUUUCAGCUACUGUUCUAGAGAGAAUGUUAGAGGAGGAGGAGGAGGAGGAGGAGGAGGAGGAGGAGAGUGUCGAGAUCCCCAAGACUCUCACUCAAAUGUUCAUACACUUCCUCAUCUUUCAGACCAAGCUGAAGACCCAGAAGUAUGAUGGGAAAUGUCAAGUAGAUCUUCAGCAGGCUGCAGACUGCAUUCUGUCACUGGGGAAACUGGCUUUUGAGCAACUGGAAAAGGGGAAUCUGAUCUUCUACGAGGAGGACCUGAGAGCGUCUGGUAUCGAUGUCAGAGAAGCUUCGGUGUACUCAGGAGUUUGUACCCAGAUCUUCAGAGAGGAGUUUGGACUGUGUCUGGGGAAGGUGUUCAGCUUUGUGCAUCUGAGCGUUCAGGAGUUUCUUGCUGCCUUGUUUAAGUUCCUUUCCUUUCUUCAUGAAAAAGAAAAGAAGUCAACCAUGACUGAUUUUCUAAAGAGUGAAGUGGACAAGACAUUACAGAGUGAGAACGGACACCUGGACCUUUAUCUUCGCUUCCUUCUGGGCCUCUCCCUGGAGUCCAAUCAGACUCUCUUACAAGGAUUGUUAGGACAGACUGGAAACUCUCACAGCAAACAGGAAAUAGUUGAGUACAUUAAGUUGAAGAUCAGGGAGAAUCCCUCUCCAGAAAAAUCCAUUAAUCUGUUCCACUGUCUGAAUGAACUGAAUGAUCAUUCUCUAGUGAUGGAAGUCCAGUCGUAUCUGAGCAGAACCGGUACCAGCCAUCUGUCUGGAGUCAGUCUCUCUUUAGCUCAGUGGUCAGCUCUGGUGUUUGCAUUGCUAAACUCAGAGCAGGAGCUGGAUAAUUUUAAGCUGAGUGAGUAUCAUCUAUCAGAGGAGUGUUUUCUAAGGCUGCUGCCAGUGGUCAAAGCAUCCAGAAAAGCAGAUUUAAGUGGCUGUAAUCUGACAGAGAAAAUCUGUUCAGCACUGGCUUCCGCUCUCAGCUCAAACUCCUCAAGUCUGAGAAUGCUGGAUCUGAGUAACAAUGACCUGCAGGAUUCAGGAGUGAAGCUGCUCUCUGCUGGCCUGAAGAAUUGUAAACUGGAUACAUUUAAGAUAUCAAACUGCAAUAUUGGAGAGGAAGGUUGUUCGGUUCUGGUUUCAGCUCUGAGAUCAAACCCUUCACACCUGAGAGAGCUGAAUCUGAACUAUAAUAAACCAGGAAAUUCAGCAGUGAAUCUGCUCUCUGAUCUACUGAAGGAUCCACACUGUAAACUGGAGAAACUACAGCUUGAUGACUGCAGUAUUAGAGAGGACGGAUGUGCUGCUUUUAUUUCAGCUCUUUGUUCAAACCCUUCACACCUGAGAGAGCUCAAUCUGAACUAUAAUACACCAGGAGAUUUAGGAGUGAAGAAGCUCUCUAAACUACUGGAGGAACCACACUGUAAACUGGAGAAACUGCAGCUGUCUCACUGCAAUAUUGGAGAGGCAGGUUGGGCAAUUCUGAUUUCAGCUCUAAGUUCAAACCCUUCACACCUGAGAGAGCUCAAUAUGACCAGUAAUGAGCCAGGCGAUUCAGCCGUGAAGCUGCUCUCUGAUCUACUGAAGGAUCCACAAUGUAAACUGGAGAAAAUAGAACUGGAAUGCUGCUGUAUUGGAGAGGAAGGUUGUGCUGUUCUUAUUUCAGCUUUAAAAUCAAACCCUUCACACCUGAAAGAACUUAGUCUGAACUAUAAUGAGCCUGAAGAUGCAGCAGUGCAGCUGCUCUCUGAUCUACUGGAGGAUCCACACUGUAAAUUGGAGAAAUUAGAGCUUGAAUACUGCAAUAUUGGAGAACAGAGUUGUGCUGUUCUGGCUUCAGCUCUAAAAUCAAACCCUUCACACCUGAGAGAGCUCAAUCUGAACUAUAAUGAACCAGGAGAUUCUGCAGUGAAGCUGGUCUCUGAUCUACUGAAGGAUCCACACUGUAAACUGGAGAAACUACAGCUUGAUGACUGCAGUAUUGGUGAAGACGGUUGUGCAGUUCUGAUUUCAGCUCUGAGAUCAAACCCUUCACACCUGAGAGAGCUCAAUCUAAACAAUAAUAAACCAGUGCACACUGGAGUGAAGCUGCUCUAUGAUCUUCUGAAGAAUCCACACUGUAAACUGAAGAAACUACAAUUGGAGUGCUGCAGUAUUGGAGAAGAAGGUUGUGCUGCUCUGGCUUUAGCUCUGAGAUCAAACCCCACACACCUGAGAGAGCUGAAUCUGAACUAUAAUACACCAGGAGACUUAGGAGUGAAGCUGCUCUCUGAUCUACUGUUGAAUCCACACUGUAAACUGGAGAAACUAGAGCUGUCUCACUGCAGUAUUAGAGAGGAAGGUUGUGCAGUUCUGGUUUCAGCUCUGAGAUCAAACCCUUCACACCUGAGAGAGCUCAACCUGAACUAUAACCAAGAGACUCUGGAGUGA